AUGCUUAUUAAUGAAGGUCAUAGAAAGAAAGGAUCGCUAUAUAACAUCGAAAUCGGAUUGAUUGUUAUGGGUCUUUUGUUUAUUGGAACUGUUAUCUGUCUUCUUUACACUAUUUAUGCAUAUAUGAAGCGAAAUGAUAAAGAAGAUUCUGAAACAGUUCAUGAGAUGGAAGUUGAAGAAGUCAAAACAGCUAACUCUAAUGAAAUUGAAGGUGUCACAUAUGACAAUCCAUUAUUUACACGUGGCAACUGGAAUGAUGAUCCAUUCAAAGACGAUUUUGAAGAAUAUGAUAAUAACGAAAUUUGCUUUUCUUUGUAUUUAUACUUUGUAUCCAUAUUAUAA